AGAUCACAUGGCUUGGAGCGUUGGAUUUUGUGUCAGUGUUGCAAAGUUGAUGAUACCUCAUCUUGAAGCUUCUUAACUCUCUCUCUCUCUCUCUCCUCUCGGAGACAAAUAGGAAGGGGUGGGGGUUUACUUGUUCAGCUCUGCUGUCUCCAUUGCUUCAGUGGUGCAGAUCUAAGUCGUUUCCCCCCACGACCAGCAAUGGGGACGGAUCUGAGCUCCUCCACAUUCGCCGUCACCGGAUCCAUGGGAAAGCUCGCGACUUUCGCCCUCUCCUUCCUGUUCGUUCUAGUCUUGUCCUCUCUGAUUCCAUCCACAGAAGCUUAUGAUUCGUUGGACCCCAAUGGAAAUAUAACAAUCAAAUGGGACAUAAUGCAGUGGACACCGGAUGGUUAUGUUGCGGUCGUUACGAUAUUCAAUUUCCAGCAAUAUCGUCACAUUCAAGCACCCGGAUGGAUUCUUGGGUGGACCUGGGCAAAGAAGGAGGUCAUCUGGUCAAUGGUAGGAGCCCAGACCACAGAGCAGGGUGAUUGCUCAAGAUUCAAGGGGAACACUCCACAUUGCUGUAAGAAAGAUCCGACAGUUGUUGAUCUACUUCCUGGAACACCAUAUAACCAGCAAAUCGCCAAUUGUUGCAAAGGAGGGGUGAUUAAUUCAUGGGUGCAAGAUCCAGCCAAUGCUGCAAGUUCAUUCCAGGUCAGUGUUGGUGCAGCGGGGACCACCAACAAGACUGUCCGUGUGCCCAAGAACUUUACCCUGAGGGCACCAGGACCUGGAUAUACAUGUGGAAUAGCCAAGAUUGUGAAGCCUACUAAAUUUGUUACACAAGAUGGAAGGAGAACAACUCAAGCUCUUAUGACAUGGAAUGUUACAUGUACAUAUUCCCAAUUUCUCGCUCAGAAGACUCCUACUUGCUGUGUAUCCCUUUCAUCCUUCUACAAUGACACAAUUGUUAACUGUCCGACGUGCACAUGUGGUUGUCAAAAUAAUGCAACUCAACCAGGAAGCUGCGUGGAAGGAGAUUCGCCUUAUUUAGCCUCUGUCAUCAACGGUCCUGGCAAAAACAGCUUCACACCAUUGGUCCAGUGCACAUCACAUAUGUGCCCAGUAAGGGUCCAUUGGCAUGUCAAACUAAACUACAAGGAGUACUGGCGUGUGAAGAUUGCAAUAACAAAUUUCAACUACCGGAUGAAUUAUACACAGUGGAACCUUGUUAUCCAGCAUCCGAACUUAGACAAUCUCACUCAACUUUUUAGUUUCAAUUACAAGUCAUUGACGCCGUACGGAGGCAUAAAUGAUACUGCAAUGCUAUGGGGUGUCAAGUACUAUAAUGACUUCCUCAUGGAAGCCGGACCUUAUGGAAAUGUGCAGUCGGAACUUCUAUUCCGGAAGGACCCAUCAACUUUUACCUUCGAGAAGGGGUGGGCCUUUCCACGGCGCGUAUACUUCAAUGGUGACAACUGUGUCAUGCCUCCCCCAGAUUCGUAUCCAUGGUUACCGAAUGCCGCCACACGGUUGACAAGCACCAUGAUGAUGGCCCUUUUUGCUGCUUUGGCUUGGUUGCUAAUUUAUGUCUAGAAAGGACUCGAGGUUCGUUUGAAACUUUUAAUUUCGAUAGAAACACAAACUGCUCUGCUUCUGGAAAUCGAUUUGGAUUCUGGAUAAAAAGAGGAUUCAGGUCUCUCCGCACCAAAGCCAUCAUAAUGUAAAUUUAUACUAUAAAUCCACAACUUGGCAAGGUUUUGAGUUUAGAUUCUUGUAAUUUAUGUGGUCUAUGUCAGCAUGUUAUAUGUAGAAGAGUGGAGACCCAUGAUAAUUUAUAUUUGUUAAAGUACAUGAGCAGGCAACUUUGUUUGAUGUUGAAA